UUGGAGUUCACAUUCAGUCAUCUUUCAGAUAAGCCCAUUGAGAUACAGCCACCAUGAAGGUAACAAUGAUCUUCGUGGCUCUCUUUCUACUUCACGUCUGCUCUUCAGUCCCUGUCAGCCACCGCACAAAUUGGCUCAGACAAUGUCGUGCCUCCACCAACCUCUCCAUCACAGCACUGGAGGUGCUGCCAGGCGGAGGCUGGGACAACCUUCGGAACAUGGACCUGGGUCGAGUCAUGAACCUCAGCUACUUCCAGUGCCAGACCACUGAGGACGGGCUCUACCUCAUCCCAGAUGAAGUGUUUGUCAUCCCCCAAAAGGAGACAGGCAUAGAGACAAACUCAGAGAUAAUCAGUUCCUGGCUGGAGCAGAAAAGCUCUACAUCUCAUACCAUAAAUUCAGACAUAUCCUUUUUCUCGAUGCUGAAUGGAAAAUUUUCUACGGAGAACCAGAGGAUGAAAACCCAUCAAGUCAAAGACUCUUCAACUACAACCAGAGUGCAAGUUCGUAACUUCAUCUACACAGUUAAGGCUUAUCCGGACUUCACUCUGGACACACGGUUUGCUCAACAAGCCAAAGACAUAGCUGAUGCAAUUGAAAACAACCAAACACGGCACGCAGACUAUCUCUCGGAGAAGAUGGUGUUGGACUAUGGAACCCAUGUCAUCACUAGUGUCGAUGCCGGGGCUACUUUGGUGCAAGAAGACUACCUCCGUUCUACAUAUGUGUCAGACAGUCAGUCGCAAAGUUCCUCUAUCACAGCACAGGCAGGCUUAAACUUUUUUGACAAACUCAAGUUUGACAUUAGCAGUACAAAUACUCAACAGAGCUCAUCACUUCAGACAUAUCAGUCCAAUAUUCAGUACUCUCUUAUCCAAAGCCAUGGUGGUGGCACACCUUUCUAUCCUGGCAUCACUCUGCAGAAGUGGCAGGAAAGUACCAGGAACAACCUUGUAGCUAUUGAUCGGUCAGGAUUUCCCUUGCAUUACUUUAUAAAUGCCAACACAAUCCCUGAUUUGCCACAGCCUACAAUUAGCAAAGUGGCUCUUAGACUGAAUCAGGCCAUAGAAAGAUACUACAAGGUCAACACACGACCUGGUUGUGUCGACAUCAACUCCAAGAACUUUAACUUCCAAGCCAACAUUGAUGAUUCAUCCUGUGAGGGCCCCGCUACAAACCUCAGUUUUGGUGGUGUCUACCAAGUCUGUGUUCAGCUUAGCUCAGAUGCAGGUCCACUGUGUGAUGCCCUGGCCCAGAAAAACCCUGAGACAGGUGACUUCUCCUGUCGUCCGCCGUACUCCCCCACUUUACUGAGAUCAGAAAUUAGACAGCAAAGUUACACUACGUACGAUUGCCAUUACGAAACCUAUGACUGUGGGUUAUUUGGCCUUUUCCAUUGCCAUCGUCAAGUGUGUCAGCACAACUACCACGUUCGCUCUGCUCGCAUCAAUACCUAUUGGUGCUCAGUAAAUGACGGAGAGGCCCCAGACAACUCAGGGUAUCUGUUUGGAGGCCUAUAUAGUCCUUCUCUCCUGAACCCCCUCACCAAUGCCAAAAGCUGCCCCCAAAAUUUCAUUCCAAUAAAGUUUCUCUCAGAUGGCCAAAUGAUCUGCGUGAGUAAAGACUAUGAAACUGCCACCAGAUUCUCAGUACCAUUCGGAGGUCUCUUCAGUUGUCAGUCAAGCAACCCACUGGCUAGGUCACAACGUCGCUGCCCUCCCAAGUUCAGUCAGCAUCUUGCUGCAGUGAGUGACGGCUGUGAAAUUCUUUACUGUGUCCAGUCAGGACUGUUCACAGGUGGGCAGCUGCUUCCAAUCCAUCUGCCUCCUUUCACUAAACCUCCACUUGUCAGCAUGCAAUCCACAAACACAGUUAUGGUGAUGACUGAGGGAGAAAAGAGCUGGGUCAGAGUGGGACAGACCAAGGCAUGGAAACUAGCCAAUCUAGAGGAAAUUAGGGAAAUUGUUCACAAACUUAACCCAGAAGCAGGUCAGAUGUCUGGGGGAGAAAAGGCAGGGGUAGCCUUUGGGGUGAUGGGUAUGAUAGCAGUGGUGGUCAUAGUGGCCGUAGUCCUGCUAAAGAGAAGGAGGAGGCUGGGUGGGUUUAUGAGAGCAAGAGGCUACGAAGAAAUACGUGGAGAGCUUGAAGAAGGAGAGAGGGAAACGCAACAAGAUGAGGCUUGAUUAAAAAAAGACAGCUCAGAGACUUAUCUCUCAAAGACAGGUUAAUCUGGUUUGAGAGAUUUUGGUUUCACUUCCUUAGUGAUUUAUCACCUCAGAAAUAAAUGUCACACAUCUAAGAGAAUGGAAGAAAUUAGUUACCUAGUUUACGUCAGUUGGACUUAGCAUUAAUUGUUAUUCUUUUGAAAUGGUUAAUUCAUAUUUUAUGUAGCAGAUAAACAAUACAUUUAGUGGUAUACAAGGCAUAUUUUCACAUCCUCUCAUGGCACCCAUCGUGGUCAACGUGCUUUGCUUUGCUCUCUCAACACUGUUUAUUUGUUUGUUAGUUAUGCUGUUAGUGUAUAUGUAAUAUAUAUUUGAAUUUUUUAAAUUUUACACUUAUUUUUCUAUAAUCAUUUGUGUAUUUUGCAUUCUUAUUGUUGUUGUGUGUAAAGGGAGAUGGCAAAAUAAGAAUUUCAUUGCUGUACAGGCCAUGUGUUUUUACUUGCACAAUAAGACAAUAAAUCUCUUGAAUCUUAAAUCUACUGUAAUUUGAAGAUCUCUGCUAAGUUAGAAGACAAAUUGUUCCAAACUGUGUUCUUAAUUGUUGAAUGGCGGCCAAAAAAAAUCAUCAAAGGUAUGAACUCCCUCUCUGUAUUGCACCGCUCUGCAUGGGUGUGCGUGACAGACAAACAAAGUGACAGAGAGAGGGGAAGAGAACUAUUGCGCACAAUGUUCCUGUAAGUUAUUAAUAACCUACUUUUGAUACUUGACAAGCCUGUUCACAUUUGAUCAUUUUAGUGGCCUGAAUUGGGUUGUGGGUAGAGCUCUGACUCCCUGCUCAUCAUCUCUCACGCUGUUCUGAGGCAAAUUAGACACCCUUGCUUUAAGCAGUUGUUUAGCAUGGGUAAACUCACUAGUUGGUGUGUUUGAUUUCCAAAGGCCACAGUGAACUAACACUGCCCUCAUGAGGCCAAAGAACACAAUGUCAUGUAGAAUGUAUACAUUUAGAUUUUCUCUAAAAACUUGUAUGAUUUGCUCGGGGGUUUAUAAAUGUAUGUAUUAAACUCUUCUGCACUGCACUCUACUCAAUAAAGCUAUGUGAACAAUUUAAUGGA